AUGGCAGAUGACUUCGCCGGGGAGUCCAAUCCUCAAAAGCCCUAUGUCUUCGUGACGACUGCAACACAUUUCCCCCAGGACAGCCCACAAACCCCCACCACAAUCACAGGCCCCCAGCUGUUCCGGACAGCUCAGUUCUCCGCGGACGGAACUUCGCUCAUAACAUCGAGCUGGGACCACACUCUCUCGACAUAUGUGCUUCCCCAGUCUCUACUCCAGGAAGGCGCAUCGUGUCAAUAUCUAGUCUCUCACGGUAACACAAAGCUUCAGGCGCCUAUCCGCUCUCUAGCUCCGAACCCAGACUUUUCUCUUGCUGAGCCCUCUACUCAGUCAGUCCUCGUCGCCACCAACGACCACCCCAUCCAACUCCAUCAUCUCUUCCCUCACGAGCCAAACCAGUCCAAGAUCGCUUCGUAUAAGCUCAUCAACAGCCAGACCGAGGCGUAUAUAGCUCCAAACUCGUUGCUUUGGCCGAGUUCCCGCUCCGUGUUCCUCUGCGGGUCAACUAAUCGUCUUGAUGUGUUCGACCUCACGCGUGAAGGCGAGGAUGGCCAUUACAUGACGUUGCAGACCAUUCCUCAUGCGCAGGAUCCAGAAACUGGCACCUCGCCGGUCGGCAGUGGCAUCGUCCAGGCCCUAUGGAGCCCUUGCGGUCGUUAUCUCGCCCUUAACGAGCGCAACUCGGAUGGCCUAAUCAUCUACGACAUCAGGCAGGGCUCUAGGCUUCUCAAGAUCUUGGGUCCUCGGCAAGCAUCCACGCAGAUGAGGCUUGGCUGCGAUCUCUUUGCGUCUACUCCGGAAGCAUCGGGGGUAGGUGAGUUCGAAGUCUGGGGAGGCACUCUUGACGGUAUUGUUAAGAUGUGGAAUAAUGCCGGCUGCUCACCGGAUGACGCGCCUUUGAAAGCGCGUGGCUGGAAAGCCCACGACGCACCCGUGACCAACACCGCACUUCAUCCUUCGGGCUCCGUCAUCGUCACGACCGCGGGCACCUGGGGUCCGCCCACGGAAUCAGCGCUGGAUUCCAAGCUCGGGCACCGCGAUCGGAAUGGAGUUCCACAGAUACCGCAUUGUAAUUUAACUGAAGAUAUUGGAUAUCUCGCCCGCUACAGCUUCGAGGACAAGGUCAUCUUGUGGCCAUUCAAGAAGGUGCCUCACGUCUCUAUCAUCCAAGCUCAUAUCCCUCUGCUCUUCGGCACCCAAGAGACACUGUUCGGCGGCCUCAAGAUCCUCGUCGAUAAGGCUCAAUGGAUCAGAACAACACUCAAUCUUGCAUGA